GAGGUGGCGGUAAUUUAAAUCCCUUCUAACUGAGUGGGGGAGGUAGACAACCAAACAGCUCGGUGGUGGCGUGAACCGCCUGCCAGUGAAAACUUGGUUACGAAUAUUACAAAUGCUAACUGCGCGACAGUUUGUUGUUAGGACUUGCCAAGCCUAAUUUCAGCAUUUUCCCCGGGUCCCCCUUUAAAAAAAAAGUGGAGUCGUCCAACGGAAAAGCUGCUGGAGUUGCUGUGAAAUUAUGUACUCAAACAGGUCUGAGUACAGUCACAGGCGGCAGUACAGUGACAGAAGUUCGAGGCAGUGGGACGAUUACGAUGACAGACGGGAAGAAAGGCGUGAACCUCACAGAGAUAUACAGCGCAAUUCCUAUCAUAAAUAUGGUGGGGAUGGACACAGUAGCACACAGAAGACAAUCAGAGGUAGAGAGUACAGUGACUCACCUAAUAGGCUGUACAGUAAAGACUCAUUGAACAGAGACUGGAGCAGAAAGAGCCCAGUGAGGAGACGCAUGUCUUCACCUGAUUGGGGUGCUUCUGAAAAGAAAAGGCGAAUGGUUACAGAGGAUGAUGAAGCUGAUUACCGAUACAGGCGUGAGCCUGACGAUAAAACAAACAGGCAGUCACCAGACAGUUUUUCACAUGCAUACGUAACCAAGGACUUUACGCAUACACUACCACAAGAAGAGGAUUUCAAAUACAGGAAAACACCUCAAGACUCCAGACACAGAUACCGGCAUGAGGAGUUAACCUACAGGCAGCAACAUGAUGAUUUAACUUGCAGACGAUCAUUUGGAUAUUCCAAAGACAGAGACGGCCAUGAAAGGAGCCGGGACUGUUCAAAAGAGAGGACACGAUCACAAGAUCGCUCUACGAAGAGUUAUGCCAAACCCAGAGAGAGGAAUGACAGCCCUUCCACAGAUCAUGAGGAUCAUCGUCAAAAUAGAACACGGUUUCCAUUGAAUGGAUCUAGUAGACAGUCUUUUGAGAGCGAUGUCACCAACCAAUGUGCUGCUGUUCCUGAGCAGAAGAAGUCAACCAAGGGUUUCCAGCGUUUCCUCGAUGUGCUCAACAAGGGUGUGAAUGUCGCCGUGCUCACCAAGAUAGUGACUCAGACCUCUACAGAAGUGGAUAAUCGACCGCAUUCUCCGGCUUCUUUCAUGAGCACUGCAGAUCGUCUGUGGUCUCCCAGUUGUGCUGGGAGGCAACAGGAAAGCCACCAAAAUACCAGCCACUGGAGUGAGAGCGAGGGCUCCCAGAGACUGGCUUCUCCACAGCCUCGUCGCGGGUCCUUCAGUCCAAAGGGGCGCUCUCUGUCUGAUGAAAAGUCUCUGCAAAGGAGAACUGAUGGAGAACAAAGCUACUUCAGCUCUAACAGUAGAUCCGGGUCUCCCUCAGUGGUGGAAAAGAUAACAUUGACACCUGAAGAUGAGCACAAGCACAGGCAAAUGCAGGAUGUUUUGCAGGCUAUUGGCAUGAAUUUAGGAUUCGAGGAACUGGGCCAAAUGUCACAUCGGAUCCAGGAGCGGUUAUAUGGAAAGAAGGAUAGUGACCGUGGCCGCCAUCGUAUAGGAAGCAGGGAAAGGGACACAGGGCGAGCGCUUUCACCAAGACCACGAAGUAGAUCAUCAUCAAGCAGGUCUAGUUUUAGCCCAUCAACUCGGGAAUAUUACAAGAAAAAAGACUCAUAUAGUGCUCAGCGGGAUGUAACAGAGGUACACAAAGUACAGGCACAUCAAGCCGUAGAAUAUGGCCAGAAUAGCGGCAGUAGCACUUUACAGGAAAGUAAGAAAUUCGAGACUAACUCCCAGGAAAGCACUGCUACAUGUCAAGCAUUUUCUCAAAAUUCCACAUAUACUUCAUCAGAACCGUCUUCUACACCUGUGAUGCCAGUGUACUCUCCAGUAAACUGCUUACCGCUGCCAUACCCGGCUCUGCCUCCUAACUUGCCCCAUGUUAGACCCGGGCUUUUCUGGCCUCGCCUGCCUCCCUUCCUCCCUUACCCCUGUGUCCCACCUUUGAACAUCUUCCCAGCAGUACUCGCUCAAACAAGUCACCUUCUCCCACAACACAUUAGUAAUCCUCGGCCACACUUUCUUAACCUGCCAGAUAUUAACCCACUUCAGCCUCUGAACACCACACAAAAAUCAAAAACACUGUCAAGGCCCCGCUGUUUGCAGGUCAUUGAAACCAAACAACCUGGAUGAAGACAGUUGCAUAUGGUGAAAAUCUGACCGUAAAGCUGACUGAUAUUGUUGAAAAUUUUUUGCCUCUGGAGAAUAGUAAAAUAUAUUCAUAAAGUAAGCAGUUGAGCGUUCAAGGAGUCACAUUUUAACCACAAAACACAUAUUUGAACAUCACUUCAGACAAAAUCAACAUUUGCAAGCGACCUGUCCAGUAGCAACAAAAAGCAAGGCCAGAACCGAUGAAAACCGCACAGACAAUGAACAGUUGUUGACCACAAGUUAAUUGACAAACCUAUGGGUGCUGUUGGAGCGCUGUCCAUUGCUCAGUCUGUUCUUAUACCUAUAAUACAAUGUCAUGCUAAAGAAAAACACUGAAACAGUGUGCAGAAAGUGUUAAUUGAUUUCUGAAAACUUUGUUUCUUAAUUUUGUUAUUCAAGAUUUGUUUAACACCGUGAUGUGAUAUGUUAUAAUUUUUGUCAAAAGUAUAUUUGUCCACAGAGGUCUUUUGUAGGAUACAGGCCUUUAUCCUAAUGAAAUAGCACCAUAGUCCACGGUUCAGUCUUCUGAGGGUUUUGGCUGACCUACGACUACAAAAGGUGCUCUACAUUUAAGCUUCUCUUCUCUUUUUGUGUACACAUGCAGAAAAUUAUUGUGUAAAUAUUUGAAUUGCGUAAUAUUAAACACAAUGAUUCUAAGUAAAUGGCGAAGAGCUGUUUAAUUCUACCAAUUGUUCUUGACUAUGUUUAAAAAAGGAAAAAAAAAAAGAACAUUUCAAGAAACAAAAAUUGGAUGGGACUGCAAUGUACAAAAGUCGAAAUGUCACACGACAGUACCUUCGGUUGUUAUGGACCCGUACGUAGUACAGAAGACUACAACAUCAGAAUAUGACAAAUCAGAAUGUUGAAAAACACCACAGUGUGAUUUGGAAAAUGGUUAGCAGUUGGUGUCUUAUUUCAUAUAGGCUAUCCAUUUCUGUGCCAAGCAGGUUAAUCACACAAUGCAUAUAUUCUCUGCAUAUACAGUAUAUUUUGUCUAGAUAGAUACAGUUCUUGGAAAAGUAGGCCUGGGAUUGUUUCACUGCAUCAUCUAACAUCUGUGCAGAUGAAGUGCCCUUGAGUAAGACAGAGUCCCUGCUAACUACCAGUGUGUGUAUGUAUACUGUGUUUGCUCCUGUACCCUUAUUACCUAACUAAUGAUUUGUCAUUGAUUAGUCAAGUAUUCAAUUACUGACAUAGAUAAUAUGUAUUUUUACUUGACAAAUGACUAAAAUGAUCGCUUGUCAAAUUUGGAAUUGAUCAUUUUCACUUCAGCUCUAUGUCAUACCUUCAGAUAAGCUCUGAGAGGUGAAUGCAGAGCUCCUGAAAAAUUAAUCGAGAGCCAUUCCGAAACUUAAGAUUAAUAGCAUGAUGCCUGUAAAGGUCUACCAACCAUUUAAAGAAUUCACAUGGUACUACAGUGGACCAGGAGAAGGUCAAUCGAUACUUGUACCACUUCAAAAGCUAGAAACUGAAGAACUGACUGGUGAAGAUGUGAUCAUGGUAGAUGCAAAUUCUUGUACUGUUUCAGAGACAAUUAAUAAAGAACAACUCUAUUGACCUAUAA